AUGGCUGUGGAGCUAAUUAAUUGGCAAUUUCGUCAAAUAUCCAAUCAUGCAGAAUCACCAUUAAUUCCAAACCAAUGGUACGACACCAAGAAUUUUACAUCACAUCAAAUACACACUGAUCUUUUAGAGGCAAACAUUAUACCUGAUCCAUUUAUCGAUGAUAAUGAAAUCCACGUACAAUGGAUUAGUGAAUUAAAUUGGCAAUAUCGAUGUAUAUUUGAUGCACCAGGAAACUCUAAUAGUAAUGCCAGUUUGAUAUUAGAAGGUAUUGAUACAUUUGCCAAUAUCAAACUAAACAACAAGACUAUUUUAACUACCGAUAAUUAUUUUCAUAAACAUGUUAUACCCAUUAUAAUGAAUGAUAAUAAUGAGUUAGUAAUUACAUUUAAUAGUAGUUUAAGGAUUGGUCAAGAGUUAGAACAAGAACAUGGUAAAUUACCAGUUUGGAAUGGUGAUAGUUCACGAGUUUAUGUUCGGAAACCACAAUUUCAAUAUGGAUGGGAUUGGGGUCCUAAUUUGAAUACAUGUGGAUUUGAAUCUAUUAAAUUGAUUACAGAUGAAGAUUAUGUUAAAGAUUUUUUCAUAGGAUAUAAUUUAAAUCAAGAACUAGAUAUUGCUGAAUUAUCAAUUGAGAUUGAAUAUUUAUUUGACAAAAGUCCAGAAAAUAUAGAAAUUGAAAUAAAGGAUGACACAGGUAUUGUUGUUGAUCGUAUUGUGCCAACUAUUCCUGUAACUAAUUACAACAUUACUAAUGUCAAAUUAUGGUAUCCUAUAAAUCAGGGGAAACAACUGCUUUACCAGUUUUCUUUAAUUAUUAAUGGAAUUUGCAAGACUACACAGAAAGUAGGGUUUAGGAAAAUAGAAUUAGUUCAAGUGAAUGAUAAAUAUGGUAAAUCGUUUUAUUUUAAAAUCAACAAUAUACCAAUACAAAUUUGGGGGACAAAUUGGAUACCAGCUCAUUCCUUCCAAUCUCGAUUAACCAAAUUAGAUUAUCAACAAUGGAUCAAUUUAAUAAUUCAUGGUGGGUAUAAUUUAAUUAGAAUUUGGGGUGGUGGUCAAUACGAAAAAGAUAUUUUAUAUUCAUUAUGUGAUGAAGCUGGCAUUUUAAUCUGGCAAGAUUUUAUGUUUGCUUGUGGGAUUUAUCCCGAAACCAUUAUAGAAUCCGUAACCCAAGAAGUUGAAGAUCAAUUAAUUAGAUUAAGACAACAUUGUUCAAUUAUAAUUUAUGCUGGUAAUAAUGAAGAUUAUCAAAUUGCCGAACUGAUAAAUCUUGAUACCAAUAAUUCCACUCAAUUCCCAGCAAAAAAUAUCUAUGAAUAUAUAAUACCUGAUAAGAUCAAUAAAUUGUGUAAUUUUACACCGUACCAUUAUGGAUCUCCUUAUUCUGACACUUCACACAAAUCUUCAGAUCCAACAAUAGGAGAUUUACAUCAAUGGAAUGUUUGGCAUGGUACUCAUGAACCAUACCAAAAUUGGCCAGAAUUAUCUGGUAGGUUUGUAUCUGAAUUUGGAAUGCUUUCAAUUCCUUCUUUGCAAACAUUGACAAAAUAUAUCAAUGAAUCACAAUUAUCAAUAAAUUCAACCUUAUUAAAUUUCCAUACUAAAGCUGCUGGCGGCAUUGAAAAUUUGGAUAAUUAUUUAUGGGAUAAUUUCCUUAAACCGGAAUCACUAGAUAUUUCUCAUUAUAUUUAUUUGACACAAUUACUUCAAUCUGAGGCAAUGUCUUUAGCUUAUCGCUAUUGGAGACGGAAUUGGGAAAAUUAUAAAACAGGUGGAAUAAUUAUGUGGCAAUUAAAUGAUUGUUGGCCAAGUAUAUCGUGGUCCGCUAUUGAUUUUUUAAAAAUUCCUAAAUUGGUAUAUUAUGGUGUAAAGAGAGAAAUUCAACAAGUUGGGAUAGCUUGUAGAAGGUAUCAAAUUAAACAACAAACUUAUAAACAACAAAAUGUAUUUGAAGUUAAAAAUUGUUUAGAUAUUUGGGGAUUUGGUGAAUUUUUGGAUAUUGGUGUUAAAAUUGAGUUUUAUACUGAAUAUGGAGACUUGUAUUUUUUCAAAUCAAUCAAGAAUUUGGUUUUCCUUAACAAUCAAGUGAAUAUGGUUGCUGAAAAGCUUUGUUUUGAUAACAUAAACGAUAAUACUAUUAUCUAUUUGAAAUUAAUUGAAAAUGACAAAAUUAUAGCUCGAUCUAGUGAUUGGCCCCAACCGUUGAAGAAAUUACCAUGGAAUAAGUUGUCGACAAAUUUAACAAUAGAAUAUCUUGGACAAGGAGAUUUCCAAAUAUCCACGACCAAACCUGUUAAGAGACUUGAAUUGUAUUUUGAUUACACUCAUAAUUACCUAUUUGAUGAUAAUGGAAUUGAUUUAUUCCCAGAUGAUCCUCAAAUUAUACAUAUCAAUAAUUUUGAUGAACUUGAUGUUGAAAAAAUACGAUAUAGACAUUUAGGAAGUAUAUAA